CGGUCCUGCCCUGCCUGCAAAAAAGUUGCGAAAAAGCGGUCGUGAAAUUGAAAACAAUUGGGCGUGUGUGUGUUUUUGUGUUAUUGGCACUUUGAAAACAGUUGAAAAGUCCUAUAAAAAACUAUUGUACAAUCAUCAAUACAAAAAAUCAUCAUAAUACAAAAAUACAUCAUCAAUACAUUUGUAAGUGAAAAAGAAUUCAUUGAUGUAAAUUUCAUAUUUAUCCAUAAACAGUCUACCCUUGUUCGGAACUAGAACCAAAUAUUGUUAUGGCGUUUAUAAUUCCGGACAAUAUAUUAGAGACAUUAAUUUGUACUUUUUGCCAUAAAUACUUAUCAGUAAAACCGAUAAUAGUUUAUCCAAAUAGAGAUGUUGAAUGUGGUCGAUGUACAGCGACUGAGAACCAGAAAAACCAUAGAGCAGGUGUUGAAUCCCGAUAUGGAAAAAUAGUUGACAAGUGGUUAUUUAAAUGUAUUAACAGAUUUGAUGGAUGUCGAGAAUUAUUAACAUGUUCUCAAGUUCCUGAUCAUGAAAAGGUAUGCUCGGCAAAAAAUCACAAGUGUCCAAUUUGUAAUGAAGAAAUGAAGAGUUUUCUGAUGCUUCAACACUUUCAUUCCAAACAUAAACAUGCUAUUUUGGAUUGUCCUGCUUUUGUUUUCAACUUGAAUGAUAGUCAUUUAGGAAUGCCUACUGUUUAUAUAUAUCAAAAAGAAGAUAAUUUAUUUUUUCUAUCUAUUAGUCAUAAUCGAUUAGAAAAUACAUUAGAAUUACAAUUGGUUUAUAUGGGAAGUGAGGAAAUAGCUUCAAGCAUAUACCACCAGUUUACUGUACAUAGCGAAAACAAAGAAUUUGAUAUUAACUGUAGCGCAAAACCUUCGUGGACUAAUGAGUUUUCCGUUGUGGAUGUAACCAAUAUGUCACAUGUAAUAUUUGUUAAAUUUAAGCUAACUUAUCAAAACUUACAGUUUUGCGCUAUAACUGAAAAUGUGAACUUAUCGUUAUCCAGCAUUAAUAAUUCUUUCGAAAAAUUGAAACUCAUUCAGAGUGUAACAAACCAAACAAAUACAGUUAUUGAAUUUCCAUCAGGAUAUAAUUUACAAUGUUUUAAUUGUAAAGAAAUCUGCAUCUAUUCCUUUUGUCGCUCGGAUACCGUAUACUAUUAUUACAGUCCUAGGCAUAACAAUAUUCUUUGUUUUUAUUGCUUUCAGUGGUUCAACCAUAAAAAUAAAAUUAAAGAAUAUCAUUUUUACGUGAAACGUUCGACUCCAUUAAAUUUUCGGUCACGUUUUUGCAAAUGGAAUUGUGGACAACAUUUCAGGUAUUCAGAAAUAGUACAUCAUGAAACAUUCUGUCAAAAAAGAAUUCAGUAUUUUAAUUGUCCUGUCCAAAAUUGCCGAAUUCAAAAUUCUGCUUUACCACUAGCAAGGCAUUUGAGAGAUCAUGAGUAUAAUAUAUAUGCUUCUUUCUUUAAAAUCUGGAAGCUACCAACAGAACAUUUUGUCUUCGUAGAAGAUCAGAUUAUACAUUUUCAGCUAACGGCUAAAGAUAACAUGGAAUGCAAAAUAGUAACAAACGAUCAUAAAAUACAAUCAGAAUGGAAACCACAUGUACUCUUUUUUAAGGAUAACACACUUUCAACACUAGCAAACCUUUGUAUUAAUGAUGAAAACAUUAAUUGUACAGCAAAGAUUGUUUUAGUAAAAAAUGAAUAAUAAAAUAAUCAUUGUAUGUGCCUAUAUCAUAUUAUAAUUUUUCAAAAUAAUCUCCUGUUAUUCACAGUAAAAAGUGUAUAAAAGAAAUAAUAAAAACAAACUAUUUAUUGUAUUAGAAAUUUAUUAAUUGCUUAUAAAUAAAAAAACUUAUUUUUUA